CUUUCCUCACCCCAACCUUUCAUACAAACACAAUUACAUCAAGAUAACAAAGCCUAAGGCGCAUCAAGAUGUUCUAAACAACCCCCUUCCCCGUUGUUCCCCCCCAACCUCAGUCAAAAUUACGUCUCAGGACUCUAACAGAUCAAUCCCCACUCUUCAACAAACCCGUUCAGCUCACCUCACGGUCGACCUGAACUUCAGCACUGCUUUGAAUAGCUUCGGCUCCAGUUCCUUUACAACCGCCAACAUUUCAGGCCAAGACUUCCCAGUCUUCACCACGGAUCCCCAAUCACCAUGGCUUCUCUCCACCAGUCCCAGCCUGCCGGCACAAUCCGCGCAACAACAGUUACAGAGUCCCGAAUCACCGCAUCAGGACUUUGUCUUGUUCGAUCAGCUCCCUAAUCGCCAUACAACAACAUCGCUGCCACACCAGCGUCGUCACUCGUCUCAUCUGCAAAACCGUCACCAACAACAGCCUGCAUCCCCUGCUGUUCAGAAUCAGCGAGUAGCCCAGUUGCUCCAGGCUUUUGGUCGUCCUUCGUCUACUGUUAACAACAACCGCCCCACGAACCAGUUUUACGCUUCUUCGGCCCCUUCGUCAUCUACCACAUUGAACAAGCAGAACCGUGCUGCUCGACCCCCAGUACCUCUUUUCUCCCAGAGUACAGGUAGCGUCCCGCAACAAACCGCAAAGAUGAUGAACGCUGCAGACGUCGAACUCGAAGAGUUCACUGCCUUCGAGGGCGGGGCCCACACGGCCUUUUCCUCACCUGCUGUUGCCUCAGUCUUUGACUUCAGCAGCAGUGCGUCUAGCUCUAUUGCCAACUUGGCGACUAUCUCGCCUCAGGACCUUCUUGUCCAAGAACCUUUCAUGUCUGCCCCCAACUCGUCAGCCCUCACGGCUUUGACUUCUCCAUCCAUCUACAACGAGUCUCCGGACUUUGACCAGUAUGAUGUGUCACCCAACUUUGGCAAUGCCGAGUUUGACGCACCGGGUGGAGAAUGGUUUUCUCUGUUCCCUUCGGAACCCUCGGCUGUUCCUCAGCUGAGCGUUGAGACCUCCCCUGAGAUGAAGUCUGACGAGUUGGACUCUGAUUCUCAGUCUCCUCCCCUGAACCGUCGCAAGUCGGGUACAUCGCCAUCCACUCGCCACUCUUCUGUGGCUGGUGUUAACGCCCGCAAGCGAGACAAGCCUCUGCCUCCCAUCAUCAUCGAUGAUCCUAGCGACAUCGUUGCCAUGAAGCGUGCUCGCAACACUCUUGCCGCACGAAAGUCUCGGGAGCGCAAGGCGAUGAAGAUGGAUGAAUUGGAAGACAAGAUUGCCAAGUUGGAAGAAGAGCGUGAUCACUGGAAGAGGAUCGCUCUUGCGCAAUCAGGUGUGCAAUAAUGGAUUAAAAGUGGAAUUACUUUCUUUCGCCAAUAUCGGGAUACCGUCGGUUUCUUUUUAUGAGUUUUGUAAUCAGGUUUCAUUGAUUCCUAUCAGUCAAAUUGUUAGUCGAACUGUUAUUCAAAAUGUUAUUGAAAA